AUGGGCAUUACGGGAAGAGUCACCACUGCCAGAAAGUGGGAGAAGUCAUCUAGGGAAGGGUUUUUAGUAACGAUCAAGGUGGCUGAACGUUCCGUGGUCGAUCUACCGGGUCAAUAUCUUGUUGGGAAAGAAGCAGAUAGAAGGGACAAAGAGCCUUGGGAGUGUCUCGAAGCCCUUGAAGGGGUUAGGGACUCCCUACAAGUUCGUCAGUGGCGGGGUCGUAGACACAAGGUCUUGCCCGACACGACUUUCACCCGCGACAACCAGCUGGGCGGGUUCGCGUGCGGCUACGUCGAGCUGCAGCGCCACACCAGCGACUUCCCGACCGGCACCGGCGAGCCCAGCGGACUUGCGGCUCUUCCAAGAACAAACAUUCCUGCGCUCCCAGAACACUACGAUGAUUCUAUUCUCGUCUGGAACUAUAAGUGCCUCGGACGUGGUGCCCCCAGUGCCGCUGAGAAAAAGGAGGUCAAGGAAGUCAAGGAGGUCACAUAUUCGCCUCCGGGGACCGCCGCCAAUAUUCCGGAGGAAGUCACUGGAUUCAAGGAGUUCAUGCCGAACGAAGCCGGGUACGUAGAACUACGCCGACUAUUAGACUACCUCCGAGAGCAGAUACGUCUCGAGUCCGUACUCCGUCCGUCGUCGCAGACCGAACAAGAGUCGGAUGGUGUCUUGCUCUUGUCGCGUAACUUGGAGAUUCCUGCAAGAUUCCAGCCUGGUACCCUCCGAGGAGAAUUCAAACACCCGUACAGACCACGUCAGCGCGUAGAUGAAACCGGCUGUCAUAUAUCUCUCCCUAAGGCCAAUGCAUCAAUUCGACUUAUCAUCGCUGAAUGUGCCAAUGCCCGGUAA